AUCAUCCUCAUUAUCCUGCCUUCCAUCCCUUACUCCCCAUGACCUUUCCUCCCUCACCUUUUUCAUCAUUCUCUGUUGUCACUUUCAGGUAGCGCAUGUGAAGGAAGCCAUCCACAAAGUGUGCAUGGAGUUUGUGCCUCGGAUUAUGACCUACCUCUCCUCUGUGCAGGUUGUUCACAAGUCAGCUAUGCGCAUGCUGGUUACCAUUGCCAAAAAUUCCCUCUGCAUCCAGCCACUUCUUGACACCCUAUUCAUCCCAUAUGUGGGGGUUGAGCUGGGGGAGGCAGGUGACCCCGAGUCCCCUAGUGGGUGUCAGCAGUGCCGCACUAUCUCAGAAGGGGCAGCAGCUUUCUUAGACCAGAUGGUCAACUUCUUCAAUCACGUCCACAAGUACGGCCACAGCGAAGCCAUCAGCAGACUCCACCCAGCAAAAGACAUUAGGGUUCGUGAAGGAUGUGUCAUGGCCUUGCCGCAUGUCACCAGAUGCCCCAAGCUGCUGCAUGAUUUCAUGGUGUGUUAUCCUGCCAUGGACUUGCUCAUGGAAGUCCUGUGUUCGGAGAAGCCUCCCAACGAUGCAGAUUACAUGUAUGCAACAGCAGCCAUAUCAAGACUAGCAAGAACACUGCAGCUGGACAAGCAGGUGAGCCUUGUUAAGUGCUUAGUGUGCUUACAAAGGGGCAACCACACAGCAGAGGAGGUUGCGCAGCACUUCAAAUUGCAGCAGAAGAGCACUGUGACUCCCCAUGAAACCCCCCAAAAGGAGGAGCCAGGAGGAAUGACCCCCAGUGGCAUGGAGUCAUCACACACUGACCUACAAGACAAGUGCAAGUGGGCAAAAGAGAGCGUCCGGGAUGUGACGUUCAAGCUGGAGGAUGGCAGUACAGUGGCUGCCAGCCGGGAACUUCUGGCAGAGAAGAAUGAGGUCCUGCGAAACAUGCUCAUGGGCUCCUUUGUUGAGGGGACCACCUCUUGCAUCACACUGUCUGACAAAAGCAAAGCCUCGUAUGAGAUUCUAAUACACUUUCUCUAUGGGUGCCGUUGUGAGGUCCUGGACAGGGGUGACAUCAAAACAUAUAUUGAGCUAGUUUUCUUGUCACAAAUGUACAUGCUGGAUAGCCUGCAGACAUUCGCAAUGGCCAAGAUGAUUUCCUCCAUCAAGGCUGGGAGGGACAUCAUUGCCAUUUACGAAAGUGGCAUAGGGGUCAUUGACGAGAAUUUGAUCCUGCAGGCACUCUGUACUGUCUUGGUGAGGCCAAUGAAGACCUGGAAAAGAGCAAGAUGGCUUAAAGAGCUGUUCCAGUCAGAGCAUGCCUGCGACAUUGAUCACAACAUCCGCAUGAUUCUCCACCAUCCUCUGGAUCUGAAUAGACUGAUAUGCAACUGUGAUCAGUCCAAGUCUUUAUAUAGGAUCAGUGAGAGUGAAUACACCAAGCUGUGUUAAGAGUGACAUGAAAUUUAUGCAGAAUAUUUAUUGCCUAAUUUUUUAGAGUUUGUUAAAAGAAUUUAUGUGGACCAAAAUCAGUUUGUUCAACACUGGCUUCCUGUGUGUCAUAUUGCUUCUUUUUGUUGUUGUUGUUAUUGUUUACAGACAAGUAAACAUGUGAUAAUAAAGUAUCACAUCUCGACUAUUUAUUCCAUUGAUUUAAAGGAUCAAUGCUGCUUCAUGUUUAUCUUCGAUGAAGACCUUAGUCAGUAGUCAUAAGCUCAAUUAUUGGCAUUUACUUGUGAAUAAGUUGAUACUUAUAUUGUCUGAAUCCUUGCUUUAAAAUAGAAUGUGGCAUUUAUUGCAUGUAAGAAGGAUUGGUUAGCCAAUGUUGAUGUGUUUGUUCUUGAUAUUUUUGGUGAGCCAGAAUUUCUUGCGGUUAGAUAUUCUUUACAUUAAACUUAUUCUUUGAUUUUAAUAAUGUUUUUGGGAGUUUUGAGUUUUGUCUCAUCAUCUAAAAUCAGGCAAGUAGUUUGUGUUGAAUAUUGAUUGAAUACGAAUUACAAUGGACCUUUCUAUUGCAGAAACAAAGCCAAAAUAUAAGGUUUCAAAUUACAAAUGUUUUCAUCAUUUGGAGACAUGUUUCAAUGUUUUUAUGUAUCUAAACUGUAAUUAUAAAGUUGAUAGUUAAUUAAAAAAUAAUAGUAAGAAAUAUUUGCCCAACCAUUUGGCUAUGAGACCCUUUUAUGUUAUUAGGUUUUAUGAGAAAUACUAAAAUCAAAACCUAUGCAAAAUAAUAGAGACUGCGUUGAAAGGAGCCGCAUGGUUAUACAGUGAAGGAGUAUAACCAGCAUAUAAGAUCUGAGUAAAAGUAGCCCUUGUUUAUGAGUACGAGCCAAUGUUUUCGCAACACCUUUUGUCAAAUGUGUGUGCUUCCAAUAUGUCAUAGAAACAGGGAUAGGGAGGAGAGGAAGUGGAAGGAGAGACCAAUAUCCAGCUGUAACUGUAUACUGUAACUAUACUGUAGCCAGAUAUGAUAUUGGAACCCAUUACUUUUGUUAGUGAUUUGUUAUUAGAUGCUCAGGGAUCUAACUUUAGGUAAGAUCACACAUCAUCGUUAUUGUGACAAUUUUAAUCUAUGAUAAAAGUGUUUGUAAGUUUUUUAUCAAACCUAUUUUAAGCAUUUUAAAAAUGCUGUUGAUAUUAGAAUGACUAAAAUUUAAAAUACUUCUCUCUCUCUCUCUCUCUCUCUCUCUCUCUCUCUCUCUCUCUCUCUCUCUCUCUCUCUCUCUCUCUCUCUCU